AUGGAGUGGGGAAGUCUUCCGGUGGAUUUGCAAGAAGAGAUACUCUCUAGGGUUCCGGCUAAAUCUCUGGCACGAUUGCGUUCAACGUCAAAACGAUGGGAUGCUCUAUUGAAAUCUAGGAGCUUUGCUAAGAUUCACUCUGCUAAUGCACCAAAGGAGUCUACGGUUAUCAUGUUGACGAGUGAUCAUAAGGUUUACUUAGCGAGGUUCAAUCUCCAUGGAAUUAACAACAACGUUGCUGCAUCUGUUAAGUUAACAUCUAAGUUAUACCUUAGAGAUCCGCACAUCUAUAAUAUCUUUCACUGUGACGGCUUAUUAUUGCUAUGCAGCAAGGACAAUAAACUUGAGGUUUGGAAUCCAUGUUCAGGAGAAAGCAAGUUGAUUAAACCUAGAAACCGCUACUUCAAGGAAUCAGACUACUAUGCUCUUGGUUACGACAGCAGAUCCUCCUGCAAGAAAUACAAAGUCUUGAGAGUGGGUCGUCGUCAAUACCCUAGGUGCGAAAUCUAUGACUUAACCAAUGGUUCUUGGACGGUUCUUGGUGCGACUACUGAAUGGGGUUUAGAGCCAAAUCAACGCGUUGUGUCUGUGAAAGGAAAUACUUAUUGGAUUACUCGU